AUGCAAGCGUUUCUCUGCAGCUGCUUGCUUUUGCGGGUGGAUGCAGGGCCAUGGGUGGAAUGUUCUACAUGGCAGGGGACGUCUCGCAGUGAAUCAGGAGGGCGGGGCGAUGCUGACUCUUGCAAAUGUGUCGAGAUUGCACAAGGGAGGUUCGCGUGGGGAGUCGUUGAAGCUUGUGCGUCGGAAGCUCUCCAGCAUGCAGUGUCGGCGGAAACGGCUUGGAUCGUGUUCCACGUCGGCACGGACGAUGAAGCAUUGGGGCAAGGCCGCUGCAUCGUCGAACGUUGUUUUGGGCAGUGUGUUGGCGCUUCGCGUCAGAGGUAUGCAUCUUCGCUUGGGCACGAGGAGGAUCGCGAGGUGCGCAGCUUUGUACCGCAGGAGAUGUGUCCGGAAGGAAGCUCCGUGAUCCUUCCGGAGUUGGGUGCUCUUGGGGGGGCGGAUGGAGUGCUCCGGCCCGAAGCAGCGGAGCUGGAGUUCCUCCGGCUUUUCGGCCCGCUGAAGCUUCAGAACCAGACGCUUCAGUCACUUCGCAUGGAGUGUAUCGAAACUGCACACCGAGCAGUUGCCAAAGUCUGCCUGCAAGAUGGCUGCGACGAGUGGAGCAAGUAUUCGCUGCCGCGAUGUGACGUGAUUCUUGGACUCCCCUACGAUUUCGGUGAUUCUAACUUUGCAUUGGCGCCAGCAUGCGUUCUUUCUGGCCAGUACUACUGCCCCCUAGGGCUUCCAUUGGCUUUGAAAGUCACCUUGAAGGCAGCUAGCCGAUCGGCAGCCAUUUGGGCGAUGAUGCUGGAAGGCCUGAUGCCUGCCGUCGUGUCUGCACGCCGGACGUUGUCGGUCGCACUCAGCUCGAAGGGCAACAUCCCAUCUUUCCUUAGGGAGUGGAUCGAGCAGGAAGAGAUACGUCUGGGCUGCUCGCCAGAGCUUCAGUUCUUCUCCAUUUCAAGGUCGGUGGCAAAGCUGGAGGAGCAGGCUCGUAUAGGCCUUCCCAUGGCGCUCUGCCCGACCUGCUGUCGAACGGCGGCUGGCCGAUUGCGCGUGGUGUUUUUGAGGGAUCCGUUUGCAAGGAUGUCAAGCUUCUUUCAUGGAUAUUUUCUGAAGCACAAGGAGCAUUUGCUGCCUGCAAACGAUCCGCACUUGUUUGAGACGUGGAUUCGUUUGAUCCUGAGUCCAAACGCUUCGGCAUCUCCACUCUUCGAAGCAAGCGACUUGCAUCACGUCCGGCCAGCGUUGGACAGGUCGCCGACAGAUGACCCUGAGCAGAUGAUCUUCUGCAUCGAGGACGUGGAGAAGUCCCUGCGUCGUGUGGAAAGCGCUUUGUGUACCAGAUUCGGCCACUGCACCCCCUUGCCGAGCUUUCCUGCUGUAAAGCGGCAGACAAAGCGUGAGCCAAAGAUAGGAGUUGAGCUGUUGGAGCUCGAGCCUAACUUCCGCAACUGGCGUGCAUUGCCUCCCGUUCUGAGCCUGGAAAGCUAUCCUUCGAAGCCUUUUUGCCCGGGCCUCGGACAGAUCAUUCACGAGGAUAGUCGCCACUGCCACAGCCACGAGCCUCAUUAG